UUCGGUUUGUGAGGUAAGCAGAGCCGCGCGCUGCCCACGCCACGGAGAUCAUGCGUUUGGCUCCUACCAUUUCUACUGUCGACUUUAAGAAAGAGCGCAUUCGGCUCAGCAUAUCUUCCUGAAAUACUUCUGCCGUUACGGUUUCACGUUUUAACAACCGAGAAAAAAGUACGGGGUUGGAACUUCAGUUUUCCGUUCAGUUGUUCGUGGAGGACGCAUGAUUUGCCGGUGUCUGACCACAAGAAAAGAGUGCAUGAAAGAUCUCAAGGCUAUAUUGAGCUCCGCCACACUGGGAGGCUUACUAGAUAAGCAGGAGAAGGAUCCCAGUGACCCCAAAAAAGUCUCUCCUCUUCUCUCUUCUCCCACAAUGGCUCUGGCAUCUUUUCAUUUGAUGCAAACUCUAAAGAACUCUCCAGCAGCUCUGCGUCGCCGGUUCCGGCGUGACCGCACUGAGAGCCUCUCUCACGGUGAUCCUCUCUUUAAGGUGCACUACCUCGGCACCAAGAAGAUCUUCUCGUUGGACUUGGAGCAGGCAGAGGAUGCCAUCGACCGGCUGCUGGACGGAGCCCCUGGGAAGCUUUCUAAAGAUCAUGCCCUUGUAGUGCGACCUAGAUAUGUUGAAGUUAAAGAACUAAGCACUGGAAGACAGCUCACCAAGACUUACUUGCAGGACAUUGCGUAUUGUGCCUCACAUGCAGCCAGACCCAACGUCUUUCUGUACAUCUGCAGGCAGCCCGGUCAGCAGCUGCAGUGCAGAGUGUUCUGGUGCAGUCGGGCAGAAAGGGCUAAAGACAUGACCGCCUGCCUGGCAAAGUCAUUUCAGAGAGCGCUCAACGACUGGCAGGGUGGAUGUGCCACGUUACCAGCAGGGGAUGGGAUUACUAGAGAGCCGGAGAUACCUGGUACACCCACUCCAGCCAAAGGGUCAACAUUGCCAGCAAGUUUGGGAAAAGUACGUUGGAAGAAGAGGGGGUCAGUAUCCCGUAGUCCUCUCCGUACCGUCAGCAGAAGAGGUUCUGCCAGUGAUGUCUGGCAUUGAGAGUCUAGCUCACACCCUGAACACUGACCACGUCCAUUUUUUGUGAUGCCUGGAAUUUCCAGCAUUGAAUGCGAGGAAAAGGACAACCACACCUUCAACUAGUGGAACUUUUCAGCUUUGAUAGAGUUUGUAACUCAGGUUUGUGUGUGUGUGUGUCUGAACAGCCACCACAUUUGAGUUUACUGAUUUACCAAAGUGAUAAACUAUAUAGUUUUCCACAGAUAAUGCCUUUUUUCUUCUGGUUUAAGAAGUUGAUUGAUCCAAUCAAGCUGGAUUUAAUUUCUCAGUUUAGCAACUAAAGCUGUUCCUCUGAGCUGAACUGGAAUCUAAGUUUAAACCCAUGGAUGCAUUACAGAGUUGGUUGUUUCUCGUCAGUCUCCUCCUCUGUGUACAUGUCUGGGUAUUUUGUCAGCAUUACUGAUGAGCAAUCAGACCCUUUUGUUUGUAUUAGAGCUGUCAAGACAGGAUCUGUGUGGAAAGUGGGUGGAUGCAUGAUGGUAAACAGUGGUAGGACAUUGCAGUCAGAGCUUUUGAAAGUGUUUUCCCAAAUGCACAAAGAUAGUUAAGCUUAAUGUUAUAAAGGGUGUCAAAGACAUCCCAGAAAUAGAGAAAAUGAAGAAAGCUCUAUUCUGAACUACUGUAUGCUGUUGAAUACUCCUCCUUAUGGCCAAAUAUGGUUAAAGUUGAGUCCUAUCUGAUUUGACACCCUCACUGAAACAGUUAGACAUGGGUGGGGUGUGUUCAUGCCAAAUUAGUUUGGUAUCGGGAGUAAGUGUAAACUGAGGUACCUAGAUUACAGUUUCUAAUGGUCUGUCGUAGCCAUAUCUGGUUCUACCUCAAUUUGAGUCUAAGUUGUUCAAUAAAGAGGAGAGUUUGUGCUAUUUUGCUCUGCUCUUAAAAUGAGAAGUUUUCUCUAUGCACCUGCAUUCCAGCAGUUCUUGAGGCAUUAUAGCUUCCUCCCCUCCUGUUUUCUCUAUAACAGCAAGUCCAUUUUUCACCAAAAAGAAAAGUCACUGUCUCCAGGCAACAGCCCAUGACAUCACAUUGCUGAUUGAUUCAAAGGUGUGCUUGCAUAAAGUGUAAUGUCCUUGAAAAGCAGCACUUAUGCUUAUAGUUAUAUCUAGAAAUGAAGCAAAAGGAAGCAUUUUUCAAUGGCCUUGUUGCAUAAACCAAUGACGCCCUGCUUCUUAUGACUGGAACUAUAGAGAUUUUAAAGUACAAAGACUUGUCAUGCACCAAGUAGCUAUUUCCUUCACACUGUUACAUACACUUACUGAGAAUGACAUGAUGUUUCACCGUAGUAUACAAUCAGUGCCUCAUGGUAUUAAAUAUUCUGUCGGAUGUGUUCGGCCAAUUGUGUUUCUUUUUUGUUUGUUAGUUUUAUCCUUUAAGAUUUUAUUUAAAGCCGUAUCUCGCACUACAAAGACUUUGGAUCUGUUGUUGGAUCUUCUCUGUCUGCUUUUAUGAGGUGUGUAAUGUUCUAUGAAUGUUGUACCUUGUUUUAAGUCCAUUUGUGUGUACAUAUUUAAAUAUUAAAUGUAUUUUAUGGAAUAUUAAACUUUUUAUACACUAAA